GCCAAACCAACUCCCUUUCUAUCGCUGAGGUAACGCAAGAACGGCCGGUGUCUGGUUUCGGGGCGGCAGCAAGGUAAGGUCCCGCUUCGUGGGCGGGGUUGAAGGCGGGGAGGUCCGGCAGGGGACGCGCUGUCACUCUGCUUCAUCCCCGCUUCCUGGUCAGCGUCCCGCCCCCUCGGAUGCCCGCUCCCUGCCUGCACCUAGCACUUGGGAACGCGGAUUCCUCUCUCUCUGGGAGGGUCCUUCCCUUCCUCCACCCUCUGCUUUCCUCUCAGGUGAGGCCUCCAUGGAGCGGUUCCUGGCCCAGUUGUGCGGCACCAGCGCGUUGCAGCCACUCCCUGUGUGGGAGGGGGACACCACCGGCCACUGCUUCACCCAGCUGGUGCUCAGCACCCUGCCCCACGCGCUCCUCGCUGUGCUCAGUGCCUGCCACUGGGGCAACCCGAGGAAUCCAGGUUCCAUCCUGCGCUGCAGUCCUGGCUGGCGGGUCCGACUUGCAGCCUCCUUCCUGCUCUCCAUUUUUCCACUGCUAGACCUCUUUCCAGUCAUUUUGCCACCAGGGGCAGGCCCAGGGCCCAUAGGGCUAGAGGUGCUGGCCGGGGGCGUGGCAGCUGUGGCCUGGAUCAGCCACAGCCUGGCCCUGUGGGUGUUGGCUCAUUCCCCUCAUGGCCGCUCCCGGGGGCCCUUGGCCUUGACUCUGACUGCCUUCCUGCCAGCCCCAGCCCUAGUGCUGACCCUGCUAUGGCACUGCCAGCAAGGCACACUUCUGCCUCCACUUCUUCCAGGGCCCCUCUCCCGCCUAUGCCUUCUCAUCCUGCAGCUGGCUGCACUCUUGGCCUAUGGACUGGGCUGGGCAGUCCCUGGGCGGCCACAGGAACCCUGGGCCCAGGAGCCCCUCCUCCCCGAGGGACAGGAGCCCGAGGUAGCUGAAGAUGGGGAGAGCUGGCUGUCACGCUUUUCCUAUGCCUGGCUGGCACCAUUGCUGGCCCGUGGGGCCCGUGGAGAGCUCCGGCACCCCCAGGACACUUGCCGCCUCCCUGACAGGCUGCACCCAACCUACCUAGCCCGUGUCUUCCAGGCACGAUGGCAGGAGGGGCCCCGAAUGUGGAGGGCCCUGUAUGGGGCCUUGGGGCAGCGCUACCUGGCACUUGGACUGCUGAAGCUGGUGGGGACCAUGCUGGGAUUCUCAGGACCCUUGCUGCUGUCCCUACUGGUGGGCUUCCUGGAGGAGGGGCAGGAGCCACUAAGCAAUGGCCUGCUGUAUGCCCUGGGGCUGGCCGGUGGGGCCGUUCUGGGCGCCGUGCUACAAAAUCAGUAUGGCUAUGAGGUGCGGAAGGUGACACUUCAGGCACGGGGGGCUGUGCUUAGCAUCCUGUACCGAAAGGCUUUACAGCUGGGGCCCAGACACCCUCCCACUGGGGAGAUCCUGAACCUACUAGGCACCGACUCUGAGCGGCUGCUCAACUUUGCCGGGAGCUUCCAUGAGGCCUGGGGCCUGCCCCUGCAGCUGGCCAUUACCCUCUACCUGCUGCACCAACAGGUGGAUGUGGCCUUCGUGGGUGGUCUGAUCCUGGCACUGCUGCUGGUUCCCGUCAACAAAGUGAUUGCCACCCGAAUCAUGGCCAGCAACCAGGAGAUGCUACAGCACAAGGAUGCGCGGGUUAAGCUUGUGACAGAGCUGCUGAGUGGCAUUCGUGUCAUCAAGUUCUUCGGGUGGGAGCAGGCGCUGGGGGCCCGUGUAGAGGCCUGCCGAGCUCGAGAGCUGGGGCGACUCUGGGUCAUCAAGUACCUGGAUGCAGCCUGUGUGUACCUGUGGGCUGCCCUGCCAGUCGUCAUCUCCAUCGUCAUCUUCAUCACCUACGUCCUCAUGGGGCACCAGCUCACUGCCACCAAGGUGUUCACGGCCCUGGCACUGGUGCACAUGCUUAUUCUUCCCCUCAACAACUUCCCUUGGGUCAUCAGUGGCCUCCUGGAGGCCAAAGUGUCCCUGGACCGGAUCCAGCGUUUCCUCGACCUUCCCAACCACAACCCCCAGGCCUGCUACAGCCCAGAUCCUCCGACAGAGCCAUCUACAGCCUUGGAGCUACAUGAAGCCCUCUUCUCCUGGGACCCAGUUGGAACCAGCCAGGAGACCUUCAUCAGUCACCUCGAAGUGAAGAAGGGUAUGCUGGUGGGCAUUGUGGGGAAGGUGGGCUGCGGGAAGAGCUCACUGCUGGCUGCCAUCGCGGGAGAGCUGCACAGGCUGCGUGGGCGGAUGGCAGUGUGGAGGCUGUCCAAAGGCUUUGGCCUGGCCACCCAGGAACCCUGGAUCCAGUUUGCCACCAUCCGAGACAACAUCCUCUUUGGGAAGACGUUUGAUGCCCAGCUGUACAAGGAAGUGCUGGAAGCCUGUGCCCUCAACGAUGACCUCAGCAUCCUGCCUGCUGGGGACCAGACAGAGGUGGGGGAGAAGGGUGUGACCCUCAGUGGAGGACAGCGGGCCCGGAUUGCCCUUGCUCGUGCCGUCUACCAGGAGAAGGAGCUCUAUCUCCUUGAUGACCCUCUGGCCGCCGUGGAUGCAGACGUGGCCAACCACCUGCUGCACAGGUGCAUCCUGGGAGUGCUGAGCCACACCACGCGGCUGCUGUGCACCCACCGCACCGAGUACCUGGAGAGGGCUGACGUGGUGCUGCUGAUGGAGGCUGGGCGCCUCAUCCAGGCUGGGCCCCCUUCUGAGAUCCUGCCAUUGGUACAAGCUGCCCCCAAAGCCUGGGCUGAAGAUGGACAAGAGUCUGACCCAGUCACAGCCCAAUCAGUACAGAACCCAGAGAAAACAAAGGAGGGGCUGGAGGUGGAGGAGAGCACGUCUGGCCGCCUGCUGCAGGAAGAAAGCAAGAAGGAGGGCGCCGUGGCCUUCCACGUGUACCGUGCAUACUGGAGGGCCGUGGGCUGGGGCCUGGCCCUCGCCAUCCUCUUCUCUCUGCUCCUCAUGCAAGCAACCAGGAACUCGGCUGACUGGUGGCUCUCCCACUGGAUCGCUCAGCUGAAGGCAGCCAAGAAUAGCUCCCAGGAGGCGCCAGCUCCCACCAGCCUGGGCUCCACAGGGCCACUGUCGGCCCAGUUGCUCUUCUUCUUCCCCGGAAGCCUCUACACCUCAGUGUUCCCAAUGCCCAAAGCUGCCCCCAAUGGCUCCUCAGACAUCCGUUUUUACCUCACCGUGUAUGCGACCAUUGCUGGCGUCAACUCCCUCUGCACCCUCCUCCGGGCAGUGCUCUUUGCAGCGGGCACCCUCCGAGCAGCCGCCACACUGCACCGCCGCCUGCUGAGUCGAGUCCUCAUGCGCCACUACAGGGCCUCCUCGAGGGAGCUGCGGCGCCUGGGCAGCCUCACCCUGUCUCCUCUCUACACCCACCUGGCCGACACCUUGGCCGGCCUCCCUGUGCUCCGGGCCACCGGGACCACCUACAGGUUUGAGGAGGAGAACCAGAGACUCCUGGAGCUAAACCAGAGGUGCCAGUUUGCUGCCAGCGCCACGAUGCAGUGGCUGGACAUUCGGCUACAGCUCAUGGGGGCCGCAGUGGUCAGCGCCAUCGCAGGCAUCGCCCUGGUGCAGCAUCAGCAGGGCCUCGCCAACCCAGGACUUGUGGGCCUGUCACUGUCCUACGCCCUGUCCCUGACGGGCCUGCUCUCCGGCUUGGUGAGCAGCUUCACACAGACAGAAGCCAUGCUGGUGAGCGUCGAGCGGCUGGAGGAAUACUCCUGUGACCUGCCCCAGGAGCCCCAGGGCCAGCGGCCGCAGCUGGGCAUUGGCUGGCUGAGCCAGGGGAGCGUGGAGUUCCAGGAUGUGGUGUUGGUGUACCGGCCAGGGCUGCCCAAUGCCCUAGAUGGGGUGACCUUCUAUGUGAAGCCUGGAGAGAAGCUGGGCAUCGUGGGCCGCACGGGCUCUGGCAAGUCUUCGCUGUUGUUGGUGCUCUUUCGGCUGCUAGAGCCCAGUUCUGGGCGAGUGCUGCUGGACGGCGUGGACACCAGCCAGCUGGAGCUGGCUGAGCUCAGAUCCCAGCUGGCUAUCAUCCCCCAGGAGCCCUUUUUGUUCAGUGGAACUGUUCGGGAAAACUUGGACCCCCGGGGUCUGUAUGAGGACAAGGCCCUGUGGCAGGCCCUGGAGCAGUGCCACCUGAGUGAGGUGAUCGUAUCUGGGGGUGGUCUGGAUGGUGAGCUGGGCGAGGGGGGCCGGAGCUUAUCUCUGGGGCAGAGGCAGCUGCUGUGUCUGGCCAGGGCUCUCCUCACAGAUGCCAAGAUCUUGUGUAUCGAUGAGGCCACAGCAAGCGUGGACCAGAAGACAGACCAGCUGCUCCAGCAGACCAUCUGUAAACGCUUUGCCAACAAGACAGUGUUGACCAUCGCCCACAGGCUCAACACGAUCCUGAACUCGGACCGGGUGCUGGUGCUGCAAGCCGGGAGGGUGGCGGAGCUGGACUCCCCUGCCGUCCUGCGCAAGCAGCCCCACUCGCUGUUCCAGCAGCUGCUGCAGAGCAGCCAGCAGGGAGCCCGCUCCUCUCCCUGAGGGCCCCGAGUCCCCGCCCCACAGGGCCUCCCUCUGUCCUACCCACUGCUGCCUGGCACAGAGGGGCCUGCUGCUUGUUUACACCCCUCUGUGGCUCUACCUCUGUCUCACCUCCGCAGAGGGCAAAAGGGUACCCUGGGUUCCUCUUUACAAACCACUCCUUCUCGGGGGCAGAGUCCCGCGGCUUCCCCAGAAGCAGGCCUCUGUUCUGGCCCUCUUGCAUCUGGGACUCCAGGCGGAUUUUUUCUGACAAAGGAGCCCACAUGCACUUCCAUAGUUUUAUUUGAUAAAAUUCCAUCUUCCACUCUGUGUAUUAAAAAAAUAAUAUUUCUGGCAUGAGGCUGAGG